UUUUCACGCUCCCCUUUCUCCUCUUCUCUUCUCUACCUCUGUAAAACUUCUCCGUAUAAAGAUCUUCAUCAUUCUGCUCGAAAUUAAACCUAGAAAAUCUUCAAUUCAGUAGUUUUAAUCGUAGAUCAGUUCAAAUUGUUAACGAAUCGAUUCGUACGGAGACGCUUUCUGCCGCAUCUCUGAUUGAUGAUGGAUCAGGAGCAGGCUCCCGAAGCCCUAAAUCGAUCAAACUCAUUCACCGGCAGAAAGCUCAGCGCCAAGGCUCCUGAAUUCGUUCCCCGCUCCUCCACUUCCGCCUCACCCGCCGCCGGCGCCACCUCCGCCUCCGCCGCCGCUGUUGCGACCGGUUUACGUGCGGCCGCCGGCUUUUGUGCCUACUAUGCCACCACCUUACUACGGAUAUGAGAACUAUUACCCCCAAAACGCGCCGCCGUUUUAUGGGUACAGUGUGAAUCCAGUGAGUCCCGUGGAGUUCGAGGCUGAUGGCAGCAAUGGCGGCACUCCGACUUCGAAGAGAAAUGGCUUGCCCGAUGCUCAUCAGAAAAUUAUCAAUCAGGUCGAGUUCUAUUUCAGUGAUAUCAAUUUGGCUACGACUGAUCAGUUAUUUAAGUUCAUGAGGAAAGAUCCUGAAGGAUAUGUGCCACUUUCGGUGGUCGCCUCUUUCAAGAAGAUCAAAACUGCCAUCGCUGAUAGCACAGAACUUGCUAGUAUCCUAAGGAGCUCAAACAAACUGCUAGUUAGUGAAGAUGGCAAAAAGAUUAAACGCCAACAUCCAUUGACUGAAUCAGAUAUGGAAGAGCUGCAAUCGCGCAUUGUCAUUGCUGAAAACUUACCUGAGGAUCACUCUCACCAGAACCUCAUGAAAAUUUUCUCAUCUGUUGGGAGCGUGAAGUCAAUUCGUACCUGUCCGCCUCAAAAUUCAAAUGCUGGUGCUUCAUCUGCAUCUAGAUCAGGAAGUGGGGAUGGAUUGCACUUCAUUGGCAAGUUUCAUGCCUUUGUGGAGUUUCAAUCUGUUGAAGCAGCAGAGAAAGCGGUUGCUGAACUGAAAGACGAGGGCAAUUGGAGGAGAAGUCUAAAAGUUCGCUUGCUGCUAACAAGUGCGUUAAAACCUAGUAAUGCACAAACGAAGAAAGUUGGUCAUGAAGGUCAGCUCUCGGGUAAGAAAGAUGAGACGGCUGUGGCGGAGAUGCAGGGCUUUGAGGAGAAUCACUUGGAAGAUUCAUUGAAACAAUGUGAUGCACAAAAUCAUGAAAUUCAGUUGGAGAAUUAUCGAAAAGGGAAUGCACAUAGGAAAGGACGCAACACAGGUGGCAGUAGCAAGGCCAAGGGAAAGGGACACGGGCAUGGGCAUGGUCGUGGACGACAUCAGCAUUCGGUUAACGGAGGAAACAUCUUAGGAUCUGCGCAGUCAGAGGUUUCUUUCAAUACUGCUGAGAAGCUAAAUUUAGCUAAUAAAGCGUCUUCUGUUCCUCGCAUGCCAGAUGGCACAAAGGGAUUCUCUCUGGGUCGAGGAAAACCUGUUGCUAUGAAAAUUGCUUGAGCACAAUUUCUUGCAAGGGAGGGAGGGAGCGAGCACCAGCACACACACACACACACACGCAAGUCUCUUGGGAAACAACGUAUUUGGAUGUGGUGUCCACUGAGAUUUUUCCAACGGGGUAAGUAGAGAGAGUCUACUACUGCUAUAAUCAUUAAUGAGUGAUGAUUCAAUGGUGGACAAAUCGAGAGAGAACUCCACGGAACUAUUGUAGCAUCUGUUUGCUGUUGACCUAUUCAGGUUUGACAGCUUCCCUUCCCUCAUUGUAGAUAGCGAGCGAGCGAGCUUCUCUCGCUUGACUUGGUUUUGUUACAUAAUAAUAUUCUAUAUUAGAUGCCAAAAUCACAGGCUAGGAAAUAAAAACGAAAAAACAAAGGCCAGUGAAUGCUUCUAUU